UAUGCAUGGAGAAGGAGUUGACCCUAGUAAAUAUAAAAGUAAAAAUACUAACAUAAAUGUUUUGGAUUUGGAUUAGAAAACACAAUUGGCAAGAUACACUUACGUCCUGGUCUUGCUUUCUCUAAUACAAGUAGAAGUAUUUCCUUCCAUCAAAUCUCUUAAAACUUUAGAAACUUCUUCUCUCGACCUAUCCUGCUUUUCUUGGGGUUUGGUUUGGCAUUUUGUUUUGGUCGGUAUUUUAUUCGUACUAUGAGCUUCGAUUCGAUUAAAAUUUAGGGAAAGCAUCAUGAAUUGUAGUUGGAUUACAAUCAUGUCUCUAUUGGUAAUUUCUCAGCUGGCUUCGGCGAAAGUAGUGUUGAUCGGGAGAAACACAAUUCUCUCCUUUGAUGAUGUCGAAGCAACUUUCACUCCAAUUGUUAGGAGAUCGGGGGAACACGGAUUGGUGUAUGCUGCAGAGCCUCUUGAUGCGUGCUCAGAUUUAAACAACAUGGCGGAAAAAGGAUCAAAGUUAAGGUCCUCUUAUAUAUUGAUUGUCCGUGGUGGCUGUACUUUUGAGGAAAAAGUUAGAAAGGCGCAGAAAGCUGGAUACAAAGCUGCUAUUGUUUAUAACGAUGGAUAUGAUGAGCUCUUAGUACCUAUGGCAGGAAAUUUAUCUGGUGUGCGUAUACAUGGCUUGCUUGUUACAAGAGCAUCAGGGGAGGUACUUAAAGGGUAUGCGGGUCGAGCCGAGUUGGAGCUGUGGCUCAUCCCGGGAUUCGGGAUUUCAUCGUGGCCCAUCAUGGGUAUCACUUUCAUAUCUUUACUCGCCGUGUCUGCUGUUCUAGCCACUUGUUUUGUUGUCCAUAGGCAUCGAAUUAGACGGCGGGUGAGGGAUUUACCACAUGGUGGCCAAGGACUUUCUCGUAUGCCUAGUAAAAUGUUGCAAAGCAUGCCGACUGAACUAUAUACCGGUGUCUUUGAAGAAGGUUCAACUUCGGUUACUUGUGCUAUAUGCAUCAACGAUUAUUGCCUCAGUGAAAAACUAAGGAUUUUACCUUGCAAACACAAAUUUCAUGUGGUGUGUAUCGAUUCUUGGCUCGGACAUUGGAGAUCCUUUUGUCCGGUUUGUAAACACAAUCCAAGAACAGGAAAUGAUGUUCCACCAGUGUCAGCAACAACACCUCUGCUUUCUCCUAGCCCGAGCUCUAUUACUUCACUACAAUCAUUUUAUGAUCUACCAAUAGUUGUCAGAGUAUAUCUGUAAGUACCUCAUCAGAUUUCAGGAACGCCUUUCACAAAGAUAUUCAACUAAAGAGCCAAAAGGAUU